GAGGAUAAAGCAAGAUGGCGUCUGACGGUGAAGACGUUAUUGCAGUCGUCACAGUUCAGUGUUCUUAAUCUGUGCGUCCAUGUACACAUAUAUGUCCUUUAUUACACUCUAUUAAAUAGAGUCAUAAUAACUGUUUGCAUCCGGUUAUAUUAGUCUGAGCGCACUUUGAUGCUUCUCCAGCUAGCUUAGCGUGCUAGUUAGCUUAGCUUGUUAGCUGCUAACAAAGAGAGAUGAAAACACAUCGCUAAGCAGAGAUCAAGUGUGAGUGUAAAGUGUUGUGAUUGUGUGAAAAUGUGCGAAAGAACCAUAGCAGAGUACGAGGAGGAACUUUGUCCAACAAAAGAGGAGAAGGAGCGACAACAUGAAAAACAUCAAGUUGUGUUACACACAACAGACAUCCAUCAGCUGAUUGGACACCAAGAAGAAUGUCUCCCUCAUCUGCAGGGGGACAGUUUCACUUCAGAGGAUCCACAGCCCUCACACUUUAAAGGGGACAAGGAGGAUCUACAGCCCCCUUAUUGUAAAGAGGAAGAGGAGGGAGAGUUUCCUGUAGGGCAGGAGGAGGCUGAUGUCAGCAAGUUUCCACUGACUGUUGUCUCUGUGAAGACUGAAGAGCAUGAAGACAAAGCACCUGAGUCCUCACAGCUUCAUCACAGUCCAAACGUCUGUGAAGAACAUCUUCACCCUUUGCUACAGAAGUGGAGCUUCACGAUGGAGCCACAGCCCUCCCACAUUAAAAAGGAAGAGGAACACCCACUGAUCCCCCAUUUUAAAAAGGAAGCGGUGGAUCCACUAAGCCCUCACAUUAAAGAGGAAGAGGAAAGCACACUGACCCCUCACAUUAAAGAGGAAGAGGAGAACCCACUGACCCUUCACAUUAAAGAGGAAGAGGAGGACCCACUGAUCCCUCACAUUAAAGAGGAAGAGGAGAACACACUGACCCUUCACAUUAAAGAGGAAGAGGAGGACCCACUGAGCCCUCACAUUAAGGACGAAGAGGAGGAACACAGCAUCAGUCAGCAGGGAGAGCAUGUUGAAGGACUGGAGGAGGUUGAUGUCACCAAGAUGCCAGUGACUGGUGUCCCUGUGAAGAGUGAAGAUGAUGAGGUCAAAGGUGAGAGAGAGGCGGAGCCUCCAAGCAGCAGCUCAACUCAACACAUGACAACAGAAGCUGAUGGAGACCACUGUGGAGGAUCACAAGCAGACAAGCUCUUAGCUCCACUAUCAGAUAGUGAGGACACAACGUCACACUCUCCUGACACUGAUGAUGAACACUCUAAAGAUGAUGCAACAUGUCACACUGACAACACACACUUCACAUGUUCUCACUGUGACAAAACUUUUAAAUAUCCUAGUUAUUUGAAAAGACACAUGAGAACACACACUGGAGAAAAAACGUUCUCAUGUACAAUCUGCGGUAAAGAUUUUACUCAUAGGCACGAUUUGAAAAUACACAUGAGAAUACACACUGGAGAAAAACCUUUUUCCUGCUCAAAAUGUAGUAAAAGUUUUGUAACAAAUCAAAGUUUAAAAGCACACAUGGGAACACACACUGGAGAAAAACCGUUUUCAUGUUCAAUCUGCGGUAAAGGUUUAACUCAUAGGCAACAUUUGAAAGUACACAUGAGAAUACACACUGGAGAAAAACCUUUUUCCUGCUCAGAAUGUGGUAAAAGUUUUAUAAUAAACCAAAGUUUAAAAGUACACAUGAGAACACACACUGGAGAAAAACCUUUUUCAUGUUCAAUCUGCGGUAAAGAUUUUACACAUAGGCCACAUUUGAAAGUACACAUGAGAACACACACUGGAGAAAAGCCUUUUUCAUGUUCAAUCUGUGGAAAGGAUUUUACUCGAAAGGAGCAUUUCAAAUCACACAUGAAAAUACACACUGGAGAAAAACCUUUUUCAUGUUCAAUCUGCGGUAAAGAUUUUACUCGAAGGGAGCAUUUCAAAACACACAUGAGAAUACACACUGGAGAAAAACCAUUUUCAUGUUCAAUCUGCGGUAAAGAUUUUACUCGAAGGGACUAUUUCAAAACACACAUGAGUACACACACUGGAGAAAAACCUUAUACAUGUUCAGUAUGUCGUAAAAGUUUUGUACAAAGUCCGCAUUUGAAAAGACACAUGAGAAUACACACGGUGUUGAGUUGCAGUGUGUGUGGUGAAAGAUUCCCUUCUAAGUACCAGUGUAAGAAACACAAGUGUGCUGGUGAGAGAAGAUGCGUUACCCGGCCCGGAGGAAGCCCGGGGCCCUCCUCCGGAGCUAGGUCCAGAGGCAGGGCUCGCCAGCGAGCGCCUGGUGGCCGGGCUAGCCACGGAGCCCGGUCGGGCACAGCCCGAAGAAGCUACGUGGACACAUCAUCUUCUCCGCCACGUGGGCCCACCACCCGCGGUCGGAACCAGUGGGGUCGGGUGCGCUGCCAAGUGGAUGGCAGUGAAAGUGGCGGCUCCGGGCGAACCAAUUCGAGGCAGCAGAGGCUGACUUUCGGGACAUGGAACGUCUCUACGCUGGUGGGGAAGGAGCCUGAGCUGGUGCGAGAGGUGGAGCGCUACCGGUUGGAUCUGCACAUCGCUAAGCAGAGAUCAAGUGUGAGUGUAAAGUGUUGUGAUUGUGUGAAAAUGUGCGAAAGAACCAUAGCAGAGUACGAGGAGGAACUUUGUCCAACAAAAGAGGAGAAGGAGCGACAACAUGAAAAACAUCAAGUUGUGUUACACACAACAGACAUCCAUCAGCUGAUUGGACACCAAGAAGAAUGUCUCCCUCAUCUGCAGGGGGACAGUUUCACUUUAGAGGAUCCACAGCCCUCACAUUUUAAAGGGGACGAGGAGGAUCCACAGCCCCCCUAUUUUAAAGAGGAAGAGGAGGGAGAGUUUCCUGUAGGGCAGGAGGAGGCUGAUCUCAGCAAGUUUCCACUGACUGUUGUCUCUGUGAAGACUGAAGAGCAUGAAGACAAAGCACCUGAGUCCUCACAGCUUCAUCACAGUCCAAACGUCUGUGAAAAAUAUCGUCCACCUGAGCAGCAGGAGGGGUCCUCCAGUAUGGAGCAGAAGAGGUCACAGCACCUCCACGUGAAAGAAGAGGAGCCACAGCCCCCCCACUUUAAAGAUGAAGAAAAACAGCGGCUGUCCCCCCACUUCAUAGAGGAAGACAAGAGACACCUCAUCAGUGUGAAGAGUGAAGAUGAUGAGGUCAAAGGUGAGAGAGAGGCGGAGCCUCCAAGCAGCAGCUCAACUCAACACAUGACAACAGAAGCUGAUGGAGACCACUGUGGAGGAUCACAAGCAGACAAGCUCUUAGCUCCACUAUCAGAUAGUGAGGACACAACGUCACACUCUCCUGACACUGAUGAUGAACACUCUAAAGAUGAUGCAACAUGUCACACUGACAACACACACUUCACAUGUUCUCACUGUGACAAAACCUUUAAAUACCAUUGUCAUCUGAGAGAACAUAUGAGAACACACACCGGAGAGAAACCUUUUUCUUGCUCAGAAUGUGGUAGAGAUUUUAGACUAAAACACAUGCUGAAAGAACACAUGAGAAUACAUACUGGAGAAAAACCUUUUUCAUGUUCAAUCUGCGGUAAAGAUUUUACCCGAAGGCACCAUUUGGAAACACACAUGAGAAUGCACACUGGAGAAAAACCUUUUUCAUGUUCAAUCUGCGCUAAAGAUUUUACUCAAAGGCAAUUUUUGAAAACACACAUGACAAUACACACUGGAGAAAAACCUUUUUCCUGCUCAGAAUGUGGUAAAAGUUUUGUUACAAAUACAAAUUUAAAAGUACACAUGAGAACACACACUGGGGAAAAACCUUUUAUAUGUCCAGUAUGUGGUAAAAGUUAUAUAGAAAGACACCAAUUAAAAUUACACAUGACAACACACUCUGGUGAAAAACCAUACUCCUGUUCAAGCUGCCACAAAAGCUUUCGUUACCCAAAAUCUUGUACAGUACACAUGAGAACACACACUGGUGAAAAACCAUACUCCUGUUCAAGCUGCAACAAAAGCUUUUGUCACCGACAAUCUUUUACAGUACACAUGAGAACACACACAGGAGAGAAAGUGUUGAGUUGCAGUGUGUGUGGUGAAAGAUUCUCUUCUAAGUACCAGUGUAAGAAACACAAGUGUGCUGGUGAGAACAGCAGCAGCAAAUGAAGAUGCAGGAUUUGAAAUAAACUGUCAAAACUUUGUUAACUUU